GGAAUAAAACGAGGGGUCGCGGGUUUCUCUCACUCACUGCUUUAAUCUGUGGUGGAGUCAUCGAGAGCAUCAUGCCGAGCCCGCGCGCACGGACUCCGAGGAGACAUUUGAGUUUUGUCAUCCAGUUUGAAAUCAAGAAUAGUUUCCACUGAUGCUGAAUGGAACUGUUUAUUUGAUUUCUGUCACGGAUCUUCACCAUGGGACACUGACAUUUAAAGGGACAUCAGAGACGCAGGUUUGGAUACCGCUCACGCGUAAUUGCGCACCAGAAAGUGGACAAUUAGCAGCUCCGUGUGCGCACAGAUCUCACAGUCUGGACCCGUGAGACAUGGAUCAGCCUCAGCAGUGUGUGGCCAUGUAUCUGCUCGUGCUUUCCCUCGGACUUCUGAUGGAGAGGGGGAUAUGUCAGCACUACUACCUCCUGCGCCCCAUCCCGAGUGACAGCCUCCCGCUUGUGGAAUUAAAAGAAGACCCGGACCCGGUGUUCGACCCCAAGGAGCGGGACCUUAACGAGACCGAGCUGAAGAGCGUGCUGGGGGACUUUGACAGCCGCUUUUUGUCCGUGUUGCCCCCAGUGGAGGACAGAUUCACCGGCGGCAACGACGAGCUGGAUGACUUUGACAUCCAGAAACCCGGCGGAAUACUCCCGAAGGAGAUCCGAGCGGUGGAUUUCGACGUCCAGUUCGGCAAAAAGCACAAGCCGAGUAAGAAACUGAAGCGGCGGCUGCAGCAGUGGCUGUGGGCGUACUCGUUCUGCCCGGUCGUGUACACGUGGACCGACCUGGGGAACCGGUUCUGGCCGCGGUUCGUGCGCGUGGGCAGCUGCCUCAGCAAAAGGUCGUGUUCGGUUCCGGAGGGGAUGGUGUGCAAACCCGCGAACUCGACCCACCUGACGGUGCUCAGAUGGAGGUGCGUGCAGAGGAAAGGGGGACUUAAGUGCGCGUGGAUACCCGUGCAGUACCCCAUCAUCACGGACUGCAAAUGCUCCUGCUCGAGUUAAAACAACAAAUAAAGACUGAAAAAUAAAUUAUAAGCUCAUUAAUUUUGUGAUUCUUUUCUCACGUGCACUACCGAGUGUAGGAAUGUAUUUUCUGUAUAUGCGGUGCCAUGCAGUUCUAUAUAGCUCCCUGUACAAAGUCAGUAUUAUUUUGUAACCAGAGUCUACUUUUAUUUGUGGAGAAUGUUGGUUCUAUAUUUUGUAUUUAUGGAGAUAUGGCGCCAUGUUAUAGAGACCACGUAAGGACUCGCUGUUCGCAUCCGUAUUUGGAUGAAGCAGAUCGACCUCAAAGAGUGGACUAUCGAACACCGCCAUGUAUCUGU